CUCUACAAAUUGCUUCGAUACCUUCGUGAUCAACCAUCUAUUCAUCGUCUUUACAAAUAUCAAAUCAUGGCAGAAUCACAUGUUAAAGAAGUAUCAGAUUUCUUUCUCGUUAUGAGUGAAAAAAGACUUCGAAAAGUGGUUUCCGAUGUGUCCGUUGAAAUACACAGACUCAACAAGGAAUCGGAAACCAAUAUUAAUGCCAAAAUUGAGGAAGUGAUCAAGCAAGCUGAAUGUGAUUGCUGUGGGCUUAAAGAGGAAUGCACUCCGUCCUACAUUACGCAAGUUGAAGACUCUUAUUCUGGAAAAUGGGUUUGCGGACUUUGCUCAGAAGCUGUCAAAGAAAGGAUGAAGAGAGCUCCGGAAACGGCAAAGCUAGAAGCUUUGAGAUUCCACAGGGAUUUCUGUCAGAAAUACAACACCACUACAAGGCUGCAUCCCAAACUCUCAUUGACAUGUGCAAUGAGGAAUAUAGCUAAAAGAAGUUGUGAGAAAAGGAAUGUCAUGGGAUUGAAGGCAUCCAAUUUAGCUCGAAGUAGUAGCUGUGUUCCAAGGAUUGAUUUCAAUUAACAACAUCAAUGAUAAAUGAAAUUUAUAGAU